CCCUUGAUGGCUGCCAAGAUAUGUUAGAUGUUGCUAAGGAGAAAGGGAUUUAUAUGAAAUACAUUUGUGCUUAUCUGGGACCUGACAAGUUGGACAUCCCCACAGCACAUUACACGUGUACAGUGUGUGUUGGAACCAUAGUACCUGGCCAUGCCACUGCGGCCUGUUUGCCAGAACUGAUACGUAUAACCAAACCAGGCGGCCACGUGAUCAUAGCGACGCGGGAGGUCCACCUCCCACAUGUCGGACAUGAAGGAAAGAGUUUUGAUGACUGGCUGCAGAUACACGAAGACGAUAACCUGUGGAGGAAGUUGGAGAGAAAGAGAGUACCAGAAUACCAAGGGGAAUUUGCAGGCAUUGUGUAUACUUAUCAAAUCCUGUGAAGUGCCGAGGACUUUUUAUCAAUACUGACUUUAUCUGGUAUUGAAGUUAAAAUAUUUUGUUAAAAUAGUAUAAGCGACUUGAAGGUUCUGUUUAGUCAUCUUUCACAUUGGUUCUGUAAUGAAGAGUAUGACGUCAGAAUAUGACUGACAUUCUUUACAUGUUUAUGUUGAAUGAACGCAAAAGGCCUGUGAAAGAAGUUUGAAUAAUAUUGUUGGACAAAACUUACUUUUCCAAAAUUUCUCGGUUACAUGUAACAUCACAAACAUUGCUCUAAUAAAUUUAAUUUGCUGUUAAAGAUUAUAUACCUCGUAAUUUAUCUAUUUUCUGGAAUUGUUAGCAUGUGACAAUAUAUGGUAUACGUUAAUUAUUUUUGGUCAAGAUAGACAAGUAUUUUUUAAGACAAAACAGUUAACGUAGAUUAAAAAAAAGGUUUUCACUUUUAUGAAAUACAUCAUCAUCAUCAUCAUUUUCGACUUGGGCAUGCCAUCUCCAAUUUUCAAAGCAUGUGAAAUUUGUAAUACAUAUUGGAGAAUUUUUGCCAUUUGUCAAAUAAUUUUAUUUAGGAGACGUACAUGACAGACUUACAUGAAGAACAGUUUUGAAAUUCGUAGUAUCAUGAGACUGUGGAUAGUGUAUACAUGUACAUGUAGUAAGAUUAUCUAGUGUUCAUAAU